GAGGCAAAAAACCCUGUAAUCAGUCGUGGCCCAUAAAUCACUUCUUGCACAAAGAGUGGCCCAAGUCGUUGGGCAACUCAAAACUCGGUAUAAAAACCUGAGCAACUCCAGGCUCUCCCAGUCACUUCUCUUCCCUCCUUUGCCUUCGAGAGUAAGAAUUCCCUCCAGCCCCAGCCAUGUCCUGCUACGACCUCUGCGCCCCCACGUCCUGCGGCCCCACCCCGCUGGCCAACAGCUGCAACGAGCCCUGUGUGCGGCAGUGCCAGGACUCCACCGUGGUCAUCCAGCCGUCCCCCGUGGUGGUCACCCUGCCCGGGCCCAUCCUCAGCUCCUUCCCCCAGAACACCACCGUGGGAUCCUCGGCGUCCGCGGCCGUCGGGAGCGCUCUGAGCGCCGGGGGCGUCCCCAUCAACUCGGGCAGCUCCUUGGGCUUUGGGAGCUUUGGGGGCUUUGGCUACCCAGGGCUGGGCAGUGGCUACAGCCGGCCCUACCGGCGCUACAACGCCUCCCGCAGCGGCUUCUACGGGCCCUGCUAAGGAGGGAGGAGAAGACCAGGAAUGCUGAACCCCGACCCGUCCCUGGAGCAGGACUGAGCUCACGGCCACAGUUUUUGGAUGCCACAUGAGAUGCCACCAGCUUGGAGUUAAAGGAGCUGUGGGAGUUUGGCAUCUCCCCAAACCAGGCCUUUGCUUGUCUUUUGUUGUGCUUUACUUUGUAUUUCUGAUCAAAUGUCUUGUCCUGCUUUUUUUGUUGUGUUUUGGUUUUUUUUGUACUUCAUCAUAGGCAAAAUAUUAAUUGUUGGCAAUUGUUGUGCAUGGCUGGAUUAGCGCAGGUCGUUCAUUGAUGAAGAAGGAAGAUUUCCACUCGCUGAGUGUGUCUGAGUGGGUUCUGUCCUUACUGAACCAUGGAAAUGUAUUCCUGACUUUUUCGUUGCUUCCUCCCCUUCCUCAACCCAUUAAAUUCGUGCUGCAUCAC